UCGAAGAGAAGGCAACGUUCUAUAUUUUCUUCGGUGGCUGGUUGUUUUCCGCCGCACCCUAGCUGAUGUCAUGGCUGUUCUGGCUUACCUUCUGACAGCUGUCGCUGUUCUGGUGGGGUAUCUGUUGCUGAAAUGGCGUCGCACUUUGCAGUACUGGGACGACCAGGGCAUUCCCUGCGAGAAGCCGCACAUCCUGCUGGGCAGCCUGACGGGAGUGCAGACCACGCGAACCUUCACUGACGUGUGGAUGGAUUACUACAAGAAGUUUCGAGGAUCUGGCCCCUUUGCCGGCUUCUAUUGGUUCCAGAAGCCGGGAGUAUUCGUCCUCGAAACUUCACUGGCCAAAACCAUCUUGAUCAAGGAAUUCAACAAGUUCACAGACCGAGGAUUCUACCACAACACGGAGGAUGAUCCGCUGUCGGGUCAACUGUUCCUGCUGGAUGGCACCAAGUGGCGGUCCAUGAGGAACAAGUUGUCACCGACAUUUACUUCCGGCAAAAUGAAGUACAUGUUCCCCACAGUGAUAAAGGUGGGGCACGAACUCACCGAAGUCUUUGGCCAGACGAUGGAAAAGUCACCAAUUGUCGAGGUCAAGGACAUCCUGGCUAGAUUUGGUACUGAUGUAAUAGGCACCUGUGCCUUUGGCAUCGAAUGCAGCAGCCUGAAGGAUCCGGAUGCCGAAUUCCGGGUCAUGGGACGCCGGGCUGUCUUUGAGCAGCGCCACGGCCCACUCGGAAUCGCCUUCAUCAAUAGCUUUCCCAAUCUGGCCCGCAAGCUGCACAUGAAGAUCUCGCUGGACGAGGCAGAGCACUUUUUCCUGCGCAUCGUCAGGGAGACGGUGGCCUUCAGGGAACAGAAUAAUAUCCGACGAAACGACUUCAUGGAUCAGUUGAUCGACCUUAAAAAUAGUCCCCUGACCAAAUCCGAGACCGGGGAGAGUGUGAACCUAACGAUCGAAGAGAUGGCUGCUCAGGCGUUUGUAUUCUUCGGUGCUGGCUUCGAGACUUCAUCGACCACAAUGGGCUUUGCUCUCUACGAACUUGCCCAGCACCAGGAUAUUCAGGACAGGGUCCGAGAAGAGUGCCAGGAGGUGAUUGGAAAGUACAAAUGCGAGCUGUCCUACGAGGGCAUGAAGGAUCUGGUAUACUUGGACCAGAUUAUAUCAGAAACGCUUCGCCUCUACACAGUGCUUCCGGUACUGAAUCGCGAGUGCCUGGAGGACUUUGUGGUUCCCGAUAAUCCCAAAUAUGUGAUAAAGAAGGGCAUGCCCAUCCUCAUUCCCGCCGGUGCCAUGCAUCGUGACGAGCGACUGUAUCCCAAUCCGGACACCUUCAACCCGGAUAACUUCUCGCCGGAACGCGUGAAGGAGCGAGAUUCCAUUGAGUGGCUGCCCUUUGGCGAAGGUCCACGUAACUGCAUCGGCAUGCGUUUUGGCCAAAUGCAGACCCGGAUUGGCUUAGCUUUCCUGCUGAAGGACUUCAAGUUCUCCGUCUGCGAGAAGACUACCAUUCCCAUGACUUACAGCAAGAAGCACUUCCUAAUAUCGAGUGAGACUGGCAUAUUCCUGAAGGUAGAGCGAGUGUAACUGGCUUUGUAUAGCAACUAACCAAAAUCAUAUAAUAUUCUUACAUCUAACAAAUACAUCUAUCUAUACUUAAUGGCAUAUUUAUACACGAGCAAUUAUCACUCGUUGACUUGCAAUUAACUGAUAUAACAUAUACUAAUAUAUUAAUCUAGACGGCUAAUUGUUAUCAACACAUAGAAAUACGAUUUCUAGAAGUUUGAGUGCAAAGUUAUGAAUGGAUUAAACGAGUUCUUAGGGGUAAUAUCAAGGCAAAAACAAAUGUGCUUUCGUGAUUCAAGUUCAA